GUCCUCACCUCUAUCAAACAGCUGACCACCAGAAACUGCAUUGUUUUUGGAAAAUUGGAAAACUACUCCAUCGGUCAAAUGGACACGGAAAAGCCCUCUACUAGCGCUGCUGCAGCCGCUGCAUGUGCUCCAAUAGUGCAGGACCAGAAUCCUCCGCUCCUGGACUCGCCACUCCAUGGACCAACGCUCUCCAGCAGUUCCAGCUUCGAGGCUUUGGCGCGCCACGACGACCCAAACCUCCGCCGAUUGGCGACACAAAUGUUUCAGAAAACAGAGGAGUACAUUACGAACGAACUGAACGCUCCCCUGGAGGACUACAGGCUGUUGGAGGAGAUGAACAAGGCUACCAUAGCCAAGUACAAGGACAUGCGUCAAAUUGCAGAGAACCUGAAUGCCUCUACUAGUGAUCUGAGCCUCAAGUUCCAGCAGCUGGCGCCGCUAAUGCAGCAGAUCGAUGAGAUAUCCGAUACGGUGGACAAACUAGAGGCGGCAGCCUACAAGUUAGACGCAUACAGCAUAGCACUGGAGAACCGCGUCAAGUGUGUGCUCCAACGCAAGGCGGGCACGGGCACACAUGCGACACAAUAAAGGCUUACAGUAUACUUUUUACAAUAGACUUUAUGUUAUUAACCAAGUAAUAGUUUAAAUAUAAUCGCAAUUAUGUUAAGAAAUAUCAGGGGAACUGCAAUAAGAAAGAGAUGGUUUUAUUAUU